AUGGCCUGCUCGCUGAAAUCAGCAGCAGGAAAGCCUAAGAAAACAAAAUCCAGAAAAACUCGUUCAGCAGCAGAAGAAAAUGUACCAGCUGAAACUUCAAUAUCCUCUUUGACUCAGGUCCAUUGGACUGAAGAUCACACCUCAAGCCUAAUCAAGUUUCUGGCUGCACAUAGAUUGGAGGCUGGCGAUGGAAUGAACUUCAAGAUUGGAGUCUUUCAAGCUGCAGCUGCCCAUUUCCUCAAGCCCCCUGAAGGUGUUUCAAAAGAAGGAUGGGUGCCACCUGUUGCAAGAGAUUCUCGUGCUUGCAAGAACAAGUGGGCUGCAGUAUAUACAAAAAAAUACAAGAUUGUUCUUGAUAUCAAGGCUCAGUCUGGCUUUGCUUGUGACAAUGAGCUUGGUGCUGGUAUUGACAGUACAGUACACUAUCUCAUAGUGUAUAGCAAUGGGAACCUGCCCUUUCACUAUACAAUAUGA